UUCCACCGCCUCGUUGAACUGGACUGCAAGGCAGCACAAAGGCAUUCUGUGCAAGAGCUGGAGCGAUACACAGCGUUGCUUCCAGCAGAGCAGCGGAGCGGGGCGACCGGUUUUGCUCAGGCAAGCCUCUAACCCAACAAAGAUCUAGCCCACGGGUGGGAGAAGCACCAGCCCAGGGGGGAGGAAGGCAGAGGUUCAACUGCAGAGAGGAAGAGAAGAAUAAGGUCCCUAAGUGACGUGGAAGAACCAAAGAGAAGAGACUUUGCUUACCCAGCUGGAAACCAGAGGGAGUGGAGGGACGCAGGAGACUCUACGAUGAGCAACCAAAACUAUGAGAAGGUUCAAAGUGAUGGGCUGAAUAUGCCGGAACCCCCACCUUACUCUGAAAAACAGCCCUAUGGGGGACCCGAGCCAGCAGCCCCUAUGGUGGGCUAUGGGGCGACUCCUGCCAUGCCACCUUUGUAUCAACCUGGCCCAGUCCUUCAGCCUCCACAGUCUGUUUUCGUCACACCUGUCCAGCCGAGCAACGAACCCGAUUACCUGGCCUACUCCAUCUUCACCAUGCUUUGCUGCUGCCUUCCCUUGGGCAUUGCCUCCUUGGUUUAUUCUAUACAGACCCGAGAAGCCAAUCAUAUGGGAAAUCGCGCAGCUGCACAGCGGAACUCCAGGAUGGCACGGAUCUUGGCCCAUACAGCCCUCGGGGUGGGGCUUGCCUUCACCGUUCUCUACAUCGUCUUCGUCGUGGUCAUUUACAACGUUCACUAAAAGUGACAGCUUCUCAAAACUACUUCUCUGUUGGCAACUAAUCGGUGGUUUUGUCCCCUUAAAUCUUUCCAAUAAAAACAACCCCAUGGAGACAAGCUGAUUGAUGGGCACCAAGGAUCAAAUGGGAAAGCAGGGUCCAGCUGGGUGGCUGGACAAUGUCCCUUUGAUCAGCUAGGUAGUCCUAAGGACACUUAUCUUGUCGGUGGCGAUCUAUCGAUGAUCAAGCCCUUGAAAUGAAAUUCCUGAGAUGGGUUUAUAGAUCAGGCUCUCCUCUCUCAUUCUCUUGCCCAGGAUUAAUUCCUGUUGUAGAUUCCUCCUUCUGUAUUUCAUCUCUUCCUCUGUAUUCGAUCACCCGUAUUGCUCUUUGAACCCGUGUCUGGGCUCGCUGGCUUCCCUUGGACGACUUCUUGCUUGCCAAUAUUUCACGGAUGAAAACAAAAGUGUGUUUGCAGCACUCCUGCUCUCAUAGCACGAAUUGCUACCUAAACACUGUUCUGUUCCACAGAUGGACAAUAGAUGGCUCUCCGGUUGACAUUGCCAAACAACUGCCAUCAUUCUACACUGUUUGAAGAUGCUGGGAGUGGCCAUCAAGCAAUGUCUGGAGAGUCAGUCAUUCUCCAUCCUCAUUUUCUCUGCAUUGUCACCAGUGCAAAUAGCUGCCCUACAAACACAAUGCCAGAAAAAUAUGUACGGUUGUAACUGAUUUGGGCUAUGAUUGCCUGUUCAAAACAAGCCCCAGUUUCAGAAUGUGUCAUGGCAGGCUACAGGGCAUGGCUACCUAAUGUUCAUGUGAAUUUGUUCACUUGGUUAUACAUUAAGGGCAAGGCAAAGACAUACCGCCUUGCCUUCUAGAGCUGUGGGUCCGAACCUUGGGUCCCCAGAUGUUCUUGGACUACAACUCCCAGAAGUCCUGGCCAGCACUGCUAGUAUUCAUGGUUUCUGUGAGUUUUAGUCCAAGAACAUCUGGGGACCCAAGGUUGGGAAGUACUGCAGUCAAGAUGUUUUGAAGAAGUAAAAAUAUGAAGUCGUUGAUUUUGAAGGGAAGGGAAUAAAUAAACUUCUUCCCAUGUAA